ACCCCUUGCAUGCGUGGUAUGAAUUUUACCUUAACACCGGUUGUCCGCCAUUUUGGAGAUAUACGUAAAUAUUGACAUACAAAGGAAAACAAAGUAAAAUCGAACGUGUUACGAUAAAUGAAGACUUAUUGACGUAAAAUAUGUCAAAUAAACCGCCAGUUACUUCAACAGCAAAUAAAUUAAUGUAUAGAGACACAUUAGAACCAGUUGAGCGGACAAGAUACGACAAUAAAUUAGCGAUAAUCGGGGGAUGUGAAAAUGAUCCUUACGAACUGUAAUCCUUUACUGAGGAUGUGAAAUUACUACCAGCUGUAACUUAUCCUGAUAUAGUGAACUAUCUGAUUUUUACUCCUAGUCCGUACACUGCUGAUGAUUUGAAAUGCUAUAAAGGGUUAGAUGCCUAUAAUCAAUUCCUGUGUGGAUGGGUCUCAUGUUUGAAAACAGUGAUAAUCAACAACAAACAUGUUGUUAGAGCUAAGGUUUUACAUUCCCAGAGAUUGCGAGAAAAGUCAUUGAAUGCAUGGGUUACAGCAGAGCCAAACGGGAAAAUUCUUGCUUCACAUUGUGACUGUAUGGCAGGUAUUGGUGAAGUAUGUUCACAUGUAGCCUCCAUUCUGUUUGCCAUUGAGGGGACUGUCCAUGUGCGUGACUCUCGAACUGUCACACAGGAGCCAGCUUACUGGCUACUUCCCACAUCAGUGAAGAAAGUGAAUUAUUCUGAGACCCGACACAUCAACUUUACUUCAGCCAAAACACUUAAAAAAACAUUUGAAAAAAUGUGUGACAACACUGUGACAGCCCCUCCUUCGACAAAGAAAAGUAAAAAGCCUGUACCAGAACCAACACAAUCUGAAAUUUCAAACUUAUUUUCUAGUCUACAUGCAACAGGAAAGAAAUACUCUAUUCUCUCUGUCGUACCAGAAUUCGCAGACAACUAUAGACCUAAAGUCGAGCAACUGAAAUAUGCAAAAGAUUUGACAGAACUUAAAGAAAAAAAUGCCAUGCAAAUGAACUAUAUGGAAUUGUUGUCAAAAUGUAAUGACAUUUCAAUAAGUGUGACAGAAGAGGAGGUAGGAAAUGAUGAAAUAGCGACAAGACAGCAGUCACAGAGCAAACUUUGGUACAAGUUUAGAUCAGGACGCAUAACGGCCUCAAAAAUGAAAUCUGUCUGCUCAACAGAUAGUUCGAACCCCUCUCAAAGCCUUAUAAUGUCCAUCUGUUACCCAUCUAGUCAUCAAUUUUCUUCUGAAGCAACUGCAUGGGGACUGAAAAAUGAGAAGCUAGCAAUUGAUAAGUUUGUACAAGCAUUUAUUGCAGAAGGUCAUGAAAAUGUGACUGUUGAAAAUUGUGGCCUAUUUAUCAGUUCUGACAGUCCAUGGUUAGCAGCAACCCCAGAUUGAAUAAUUUCAUGUGACUGUUGUGGGAAAAGUACAGUUGAGGUAAAUGUCCUUUUUCAAAGAAGAAUGAUGUCCUUAAGUCUGAUGGAGAUUUCUACCUCAUUCAAGGAGACAAUGGAGAGUUAAGUCUAGACCAUAAACACAAUUACUAUUUUCAAGUUCAAACACAGUUGGGUGUGACUAAGUGUGAGUCGUGUUUUUUUAUUGUAUGGACAGAUAAAGACAUACAUAUUGAAGAGAUUGACUUUGAUAAGGAAUUAUGGGACACUAAAUAAGCCGAAAUUUUCUUUCGGACAGCUAUUCUCCCUGAAUUGGUUGGAAAAUUCUAUUCUCGUCUCCCUGGCACAGGUAUACCAACCAUCUCAUCAACUAUUCUGAAUGAUAACAGUUCAAACAAGGCAGGUGCAUGUGAAAAUGUCCCAAGUUCUUCCAAUAAUGAAGAAACUUGGUGCUACUGUAACCAGGUGGAAUAAGGAAAUAUGGUUUAUUGU